CGAGGCGUGAGGAAGGAGCCACCCUAGCACGCGCGGCCUCGCCUGUGGCGUGGGAGUUGCUUCCGGGUUGCGCGCCCGGAAGCAGGAAGUUGGCGGCUUACCCUCCUCGCCCGGAGGCUGAAGUCCCCGAGGCGGGAGGAGCCCGAGGGGGCGCGGGCCCCGCAUGGAUUUUGUAUUGGAAGACAUGGAUCUUGCUGCCAAUGAGCUCAGCAUUUAUGACAAACUUUCAGAGACUGUUGAUUUGGUGAGACAGACAGGCCAUCAAUGUGGCAUGUCAGAGAAGGCAAUUGAAAAAUUUAUCAGACAGCUGCUGGAAAAGAAUGAACCUCAGAGGGGACCACCCCAGUAUCCUCUCCUUAUAGCCGUGUAUAAGGUCCUUGUAACCCUGGGAUUAAUCUUGCUCACUGCCUACUUUGUGAUUCAACCUUUCAGCCCAUUACCACCUGAACCGGUGCUUUCUGGAGCUCACACCUGGCGCUCACUCAUCCAUCACAUUCGGCUGAUGUCCUUGCCCAUUACCAAGAAGUAUAUGCCAGAAAAUAAGGGAGUUCCUCUGCAUGGGGGUGAUGAAGACAGACCCUUUCCAGACUUUGACUCUUGGUGGGCAAACAGUUGUGAGCAGAAUGAGUCGGACCCCAUCCCUGCCAACUGCAGUGGCUGUGCCCAGAAAUUACCCCUCAAGGUGAUGCUCCUGGAAGACACCCCGAAGAAAUUUGAGAGACUCCAUCCUCUGGUGAUCAAGACGGGCCAGCUCUUGCUGCCAGAGGAGCUUCAGCAUUUUUUGUGCCAGUACCCCGAGGUGGCGGAGGGCUUCCCUGAAGGGCUUUUCACCAAGUGGUGGCGCUGCCUUCCUGAGCGGUGGCUCCCAUUUCCUUAUCCAUGGAGAAGACCUCUAAACAGAUCACACAUUUUACGUGAGCUUUUUCCUGUUUUCACCUACCUGCCAUUUCCAAAAGAUGCCUCCAUAAAAAAGUGCUUCCUUCUUCAACCGGAACCUAUUGUGGGUAGUAAGAUGCAUAGAAUGCAUGACCUAUUUAUCAUUGGCAGCGGCGAGGCCAUGUUGCAGCUCAUCCCUCCCUCCCAGUGCCGAAGACACUGCCAGUCCGUGGCGAUGCCGCUAGAGCCGGGGGAUAUUGGCUAUGCCGGUGCCACCCACUGGAAGGUCUACGUUACAGCCAGAGGGGUCCAGCCUUUGGUCAUCUGUGAUGGAACCACCCUCUCAGAACUAUAGGAAACAAGAACUGUACAGAGGAACAACUUUGAGGUCCGAAGACCAGAUCGAAAGGGGAGAAAUAAAAACAGAAACGAGGAAACCACUUUCUAAGGUUACUUAGUUAUCUGCCCUAUGCAUGCGUGUAUGAGCCAGCUGUAUGCUGGAGGCAAUGGCCAGAGCCUGGCCCUCCCGACUCUUCCAGCCUCCCUGCUUGGCCCCGGGAUUUUGCCAGUACCUGUCUGUGAGAGACUGGGCUCUUCCACACCUUCUGGAACCGCAGCCUUGAGGCUGCCCCUCAGACAGGAAACAGGGCUAAUGCCUUCCCUUACUUGUGUGGUGUGAUCCCCUCUGCUGGCUCCCUGGCCACAGAGAGGGUAGCCAGCAGGUCCUGACUUCAGGGCCAUCCCUUACGAGGUGGGCCUGCUUGUCCUGUCUUCCUGGCCACACCACCCGAUACUUUUAUGGAAAGCCAUGGUCAAUUAAAGAAGCUGUUGCAGUUUCCCAAGCAGAAUGGAAUCUAGAACCGAGAUUAAGUAAUAUCAUUGCACUCAAGAGAUGCACUGCCUUCCCAGUGUCCAUGGCCCUUGGAGUCUCAGUGAUGUCAGGUUGGAGUCUGAUUAUAAUUGAAAUGGUAAUUGCCGAGGUAAUACUUUCCUCCAUCUCAUCAGGUUCUUAUGCCGGCCCCCCCUCCCCCACACCCCCACCCCCAGCACCCUUCCCUUCCCUUCCCGCUCGCCUAUCUGGAUGGUUUCUCAGAAGCUGGACUCCUGGUCCUCCCUCGGCAGAGCCCUUUAUUGCUGAGGCAGCACCGCUUCUGUCAGCUGGGUCGCUUUUACCAAGUGUCUUCAGAGGAGAUGAGUUAGAGCGCUGGCCUGGGGAGAGGGCACCUCCCCGGGUUUGAUCUUUAGGGUCCAACUUUCCACAGGGAAGAUGUUUUACAGAUGUGUCAAGCUGAUGUUGUAAUGUGGUUGGGGAAGGAGCUCCAGACCCCACGUGUUUGCCAGCUGGGUGUGCGACUGUGGGAUCCUCUGUCUCAAAAUGAUUUCUCUCUUUGUACUUGGGAAACAAGGUGAGGUAUUUUUAUUAUUUGUAACAGUAUAAAGCUAUGUUCUUUCAGUUGGGUGGUUCACUAUGCUCAUUGUUUUCUCCAAGUGCUUUUAGUGUGUAUUAACCAAAUGGUGUAAAUGAGGACAUAGUUUUCUUCCUUUUUUUACCCCCCCCCCUUUAUUCUUUUAUUGAUGCUGCUAGAUACCUGGCCUCUGGCCCUAUGCCAGCACCCAGCUGAAGGAAAAAACCACACUGUAGCCCCUGGUUCCGAAUUGCAGAAAUCAGAUGAAUCCAGGUGGCCGUGACAGGGUUAAUGGCAGGCGGUGGUGAGGGCAGAAUGUGUGACUCCUUGCGGGGUCCCCUUCAUCCUUGGACGUACCCCUGCACCUCCAAGGACGUCCCUGGGCCCUCUCUCAGCACCUCUCAUGAGCAGCAGUGGGGAUCAUCAAGUCCCUGAGGGGCUGGUUUGUGAGCUUGUAAAGGAGAAGCAUGGUUCACGGAGCUCAGGGUGGAAAUACUCUGCCUCCACGGACUUAAAUGAAACUAGGAUAAAUGGUACCUGAGGGAAUUUUUUCUUAAACAAGUCCGCGCCUUGUGUGGGUUAAUGCGGGAAAAACAAAAUUUUUUGUCCAUAUUAAACUCAUGCUGCUAAGCCGUUAUGAUUUAAGAGGUUUGAAAUCAGAGGGAUCAUUUCAAGGCCAGCUUUGCGCAAGCUUUUAGAGCCUUUGCAGUGUCCUUACCCCUGCUGCGCACGGGGAAGGCUUAUAUGUAAACAAGUUCUUCAGAGUUUUCUUAAAUUAGGCCCUUUGGGUUAACGAAAGAGAGGGUUCCUUAGUAGAAAAAGAAACUAUCUUGAUGGUUGAGAUUUCUGUUUUGUCGUUUUGAAUCACCCCGUGUUCCUUCCCCAUUUCCCACCUGCCCUUCACACCACGAAUGUUCAUAAAAUACCCACUUCAACUCAAAACUUUAAAGACUAGGAAAAGUUUUCUUCUUGUCGCUCUUGCAUGUGUCGCUCUUCUGAAGUGUCCCAUGAGGAGUCCCCCAAGCCCCUGAGCUGUCGAGCUCCACAAAAAAUGGUGUAGCCGCAGAUAAGCUGAGACUUUUCAUGCAUUUCCGACUCAUUUUACUUAAAGUCUACCCAGUUCAGAACUGAGGGUAGAUUUCUGUUAGGAAAUUUUCCACAGAGGGUUUUCUGCUCUUAAUUACUGGAUACAUAGAAGUAAUUGGCCUUAUCCUCAAGGCAAUUCUGAUAAGCAGGGUACAGGAACGGCUUCCUACAGGAAUGACCCGCAGUGGCCAGCCAGUCCGUCUCUCCCCAAGGCUUUGUGUGAGGGUGCUGCUCGCCCACCCCCACCCCCAGCUCCCCCACGGAAGCAGCUCAAGUCCUUCCACAUGACCCGGUGCGCGAAAGAGGGUCAUCAAGAUGAGGAAGAAGGGUGGGGAGGCAUGGUGGGCCACCUAACCAACCCCCAACCUCCACCACCACAGUAAGUACAAAACCGCAGGGACUCGCAAGUUUGUUAAGUGGUUACUGAGAGGUGACACGGUGGUGACCUCCGCACAUGGGUUAGGUUCGCUUUCUUGUAGGUUCCCAGAGUAGAGACUUGGAUCCCCAGAUCAGCUCUGUGGGGAGGAAGGUUGCUUUGGCAGCAGUCUGAAGCACUUACCUCCAGAUGUCCUGAGGUCCAGAGGAGUCCAGUAUUGACAAGACGCUGUACUGGUUCAGGCUUAUAGAAAGAGGCAGAACUUAUCUUCUUCCCUUAUCUCCAAUUUGUUUUAGGGAAGAGCGGAAGUAAAAUAAUAUGGUUUAUGAAAACAGAAAUCUAGGGAGUGCCUGGCUGGCUCAGUUGGUGGAGAGUGAGACUCUUGGUCUCAGGGUUUGUAAGUUUGAGUCCCACGUUGGGUGUAGAGGUUAUUUAAAAAUGAAAUCUUUAAAAAAACGAAACAAAACAGAAUCUACUUAUUUGGUGAAAAACAAAACAGUCUAGGAAGUGAGCAGAUUUGGGCUCAUUUUCUGAGAGAAAGAAGAGUAACAUUUGUCCAGUCCAUCCUAAGAGUGUCUCCAUAUACGUGAUCUCCUUUAGUCGUUACUCAGUCCUGCAGACAACUAGGGCUUAGACCAGUUAACUGCUGGCCAAUAGGUAGUUGGUUUUGCAGUGUAUUAUUUUCCUGCUUCAGCACAGUGUGGUGCCCAAGAAUGAAGAUGUGGGUUUAAUUGUCUCGGGUGUGCCCCCAUUGGGGAGGAGGACUGAGGGAGGGGGUCAGCAAGCCGGGAACUCUUCAGGGUUUGUUUUCAAAACUGUCUUGGACAGAAAUGGAAGAGGAGAGAAUUUAACCAGAUGACUUUUAUAAAAAUCCUUUCACUUUUUCCCUCCCUGUUUGAAAACUCUUUAAGAGUGAGUGUGGCUGGAACACAACUGUGUCCAGCCAUUUUCCCAUCCCCACAUGUUUCCAGAUGUGUGACCAGAAGAGGGACUCUGCCCAAUUCCAGUUGUGGGUCCCCUUAGAGUUUACCUCACUUGUUUUUCAGUUCUCGUUUCUGUUCCCUUCUUCCAAAUUCCAGCAUAGACCUCUGUGGAGGAACAAUUAUUUUUAUAAAAAUCAAAAGUUCCUUAGCUGCAGGUGACGGCCUCAGUCAUUCUAAUAUAGUCGGGAAUGAGUUGCUUCUUAACCAGUGGCUUCCACGAUGAACAUUCAAAACCCCAGAGCACAUGUUCCCUUCUCAUCUAAUCCCUGCCCACAGGAGAAGCCCAAGUUAUAGGGGAAAGAGAAAGCUGCCUGUCUGGUUGCAUGGAGAGAGGCAACCUUGGCUACCUUUUGAGAAUCCGUUUUUGUUUUUUUUUUUUUUAAUUUUUUUUUUAACAUUUAUUUAUUUUUGAGACAGAGAGAGACAGAGCAUGAACGGGGGAGGGGCAGAGAGAGAGGGAGACACAGAAUCAGAAGCAGGCUCCAGGCUCUGAGCCAUCAGCCCAGAGCCCGACGCGGGGCUCGAACUCACGGACCGCGAGAUCGUGACCUGAGCUGAAGUCGGACGCUUAACCGACUGAGCCACCCAGGCGCCCCGAGAAUCCGUUAUUAAUCGGAGGGGUCUUUUAGGCUUUUGAGCUCUCCUAGUGAUGGGGGAGAAACUCUCCUGAGUUCACAACUCUUUGCUUAUUAACUUUCAGCGGUGACCCAUCACACACUAAAAUUGGUCAAAGGAAGGCCAUGCCACAGAUGUGCUUUAGAUGGCAUUCUAGACUGAGAUUCUCUCCAUGUUUGGAGCUGUUCAUAUUAUGCACAGAGCUGAUGGUGUCAGGGCCAGGAGGCUAGGAAAGUGCCGGUGCUUAUAGAGAUAGCCCCAUAGCAAAGGAAAAACAGGAGGCUCUGGGAGUGUGCUGUGUCGCCAUCAGCGUGCGUCUCCCUGGCUUCCUCACCCCCAGCCUCCCAAUGUCCAGCGACUUCUUCCACAAAAGCAUCUCCAAGAAGAUGGACAGGUGCUCUCCCUGUUGUGCGCCACACCCAAGUCGGGCCCACCCUUGGACGCAGUGCUGGCCUUGGUGAGAGGUCCUCCAGCCAGCUUGUCUGAUGUCCAGGUCCCUUAGUGUCUGGUUUUCCUGCCCUGCAUAAUUUAAGCAUUAGAGCUAAAUACAUCUGUCAUCUUCCUCUCUCCGGAGACUGGGAAAUGUCCAGAGCUUUUCAGAAUAGUGGAGAGAAGAAAUGUUAUGUAACUCCUAGUGGAGGCCUGGGGCUGACCCGACCGUUUCUCUUGCACUUAGCACGUCUGUCGGUGGCAUGAAUCCAACCGUGAGCCCCAGCUGCAAGCACCUGUGCAGAGAAGGGAAACCAGUCUAGAGUUUCCGACAGAAUCCGGGGAGUCCAGACCUCAGCUCUGUGCCAAGCUUGAUUGCCCUCAUUUCCUCACAACACCUCUGUGGGGUAGGUGAGGUCAUCCUGUGAAGCCACCUUUACUCAAAGACCAGCAGUGUCCCAGCCUUCAAAUUCCAGCCCCUUGAGGCACUUUUGGCCCUCUUAGGAACAAAUUCUCACUUAUGCACAAGAAUCAGUGACAGGAUCAGACAGACACAUGGCAUUCCCAGGAACCCCUAGUCUCAUGACAGGCAACUUCCCCUCCAAACUUCUUGCUACAGUUUCACCCUCAGAAGCUAGCUGUGGUCUCUCUCCCCGCUCCCUCCCGUGGAAGAGGCAGCAACAGACACUGAGGCGGGGGGACCAGACGGGGGGCGGAGGUAGGCAGGACAGCCGCCGUGCAUCUUCGGGGAACCGGGGGAGGUCCCAGCAGGCAGAGGCAGAUGGACACCUGUCCCAAGCACACGUGCUCCGAAUAGUGUGAGCUGUUCUAAAAUGCGUCCAGUGCAGAAUGUUGACAGUAACUUAAUGUGCUGCAAACUCGUACGACUUCCACCGUGUAAAGAAUGUAUGUAAAUUGAAGUUUUAUGUAAUGAAAGUUUUUACUUUUGCAAUUAAAAGUGUGUAUGUCGGUUGAUAAAAA